AUGGCAGCCGAGGUGCCCCGACAAUACGUUCCGCUGACCUGCCACGGUCACUCGCGACCAGUUCCUCACAUCAGCUUCUCUCUUCUCGAGAAGGAAGAAACCUACUACAUGAUAUCAGCUUGCAAGGACGGCAAUCCCAUGCUUCGCGAUGGUGUAACGGGCGACUGGAUCGGCACCUUCAUCGGACACAAGGGCGCUGUCUGGCAGGCCAGGCUGAGCCCUGAUGCGUCCAACGCCGCGACCGCGUCUGCCGACUUUACUGCCAAGAUCUGGGACACCCACACCGGCGAACUCCUGUACACCCUGCAGCACGACCACAUCGUCCGCGCCGUUGCGUAUCCGCCCGACAAUUCAGACCUCGUAGCCACUGGCGGCAUGGAGAAGAAACUUCGCGUCUUUGACUUGUCCGACGUCCCGGGCGCCAACAGCGGCAACCCAAUCACGAUCCCUGCCUCGGCCGGAUUCGAAAUUGGCGAGGGUGUGCACACGGGCUCCAUCAAGUUCAUCUGCUGGACCCAAGAUCCAAACGUCAUCGUCACGGCUUCGGACAAGACCAUCCGCUGGCUCGAUCUUCCCAGCCGAGCUUGCAUUCACCAGGAAGUGCUGGACGGUGAGAUCCGCUCUUGCGAGAUGGUAUCUCUGUCGCCAGAGUACACCUCUGUUACGGAUAUCGGCGGCGGAAAGCCCGUUCUUGCUGUUUCCGCUGGCAAGACUGCCUACUUCUGGGGAGGCCACCAGGCGAUGGAAGAACUGAAGCGCAUCGUUCUCCCCUACACCAUUGCCAGCGUGGCCCUCGAUGUCAAGGGGCGCAAGCUGGUUGUCGGAGAAGAGCCGGGAACAUGGGCCAAGGUCAUUAGCUACGACGACGAGGUGGAGCUGGAUGUUCACAAGGGCCACCACGGACCCAUCUGGUCCAUCGCCUUUUCGCCCGACGGCAAGCUUUACGCAACAGGCUCAGAAGACGGAACCAUCAAGAUGUGGAAGAACUGCGACGGGUUCUAUGGCUUGUGGAGAGGCGGCACGGAGCGAUCUGCGGAGUAG